AUGGAGGUCGACGAAAACGCAACGGAGAGGUGUCGCUGGUUUAGAGUCAACUGGAAAUGGGGGAAAAUUGGGAACACAGACAUCGGGAUAUUCCUGCGCUUCAACCCAGUGGUAACGAUCAUCUCCGCCGGCAUCAUCUGGGGUUUCGUUAUCUGGUGCGCAGUGCAAGCCGAUGUAGCCAACAAAGAGAUGGGCAGUUGGAUGCUGUGGAUCACAGAGGUUUUCACAUGGAUGUACAUUGGUACCCAAGAUGUCUGGGCAGUUUUCAUCAUUGUCCUGUACUUUUCCAAGUAUGGAAAUAUGAAACUUGGAAAACCUGACGACAAGCCAGAAUUCAAUGACCUAUCAUACUUCACAAUGCUUUUUGCUGCUGGAGUCGGGAUUGGUUUGUUCUACUUCGGAGUAGGUGAGCAUCUUUGAGUGCGGGGUUUUCUAACAUCAUAAGAUUGUGGGUUAAUCACCUCUGCUAAUUUACUAUUUGUUGAAAUGUACCCACUCAUCACUUUCUCAUAUAAGGGGUAUCUUCUUGGAGGGCCUAUACUCGAUAAACAGUAAUUUUACGAAUAUGUCUUGCAAGGCACUAUUUUUAUAUACCAUGUCCAUGUGCGAUGAAAACAUCAUAAAUCUCAGUUCCUCUUAUAUUGAAAAUAUUCUAAAUUUUUAUGCAUCCGAUCUCUAAUUAAACUUUCUUACCAUACGAGUAGCGUAGAAGCCGUACAUAGCCAAGUAAUGUUUCUUUUUAUGAUAAUAUUCAAUUGUUCCUUUCUUUCUUAACUUUUAUUUUACUUUUUUUUCAUUUGUCAUUGUUUUGGUACUGAAAUCUUCAUGUCGAAGAUAAAGGCAAUAAAGUUGUUGUUCAGUGUUGCUAAUCGUACGAGCACGGCGGCGUAAUGCCUACACACCUAAUCCUGCCUCUGCAGGCACCCUUACAGUUGUAAACGCGUACUUAACUUCUCAAAAGGAAGAGCAAAAAGGUUCAUAAGAAGAAGAGACGUAGAAUUCACAGAGCGAGCAUUGCACAGAAAAAUUGUAAUUGGUGUUUUUAAGCCUUGCAGACAGUGGAACCUCGAUAUGGAACCUCGAUAUCAUGUUGCGUUUCGUUAAAAACAUAGUUCGUUAUAUCGAAGACUUUGUCAAGCAAGAGGUUCCACUAUACAUGACUAAGUUUUCUUUGUUUUCUCAACUCAAGGAAAACUUGCUCCAGGCGCUUUAAAGUGUUUGCUCGCAAAAAAAGGAAAAGGGAAAAACAAUCAAAACAUUGCAACACCUGACUUCAGAAAAGAAAUUGACAUCACUCCAUUUUCCCUUUCAAACUUGACCUUUUCACUUUCCAAAAAAUUGUAAAAUUGAUAGGCACAUAAUGUGUGUAUUGUUGCUUGAAGAACAAAACAUGGUGAUAUUGAGCAGUACAUGAAAAAUUAAUCAAUAACAUCUGCCCGGUAGUGCAUUUAUUGACGCAGUAAAUUUCGUCAAAUAAACUGCUCUAUUUAACUGUUUGCCUUCUUUCGGGCUUUUGUUGUAAACUGGUACAAAGGCAGAUAUUAAGUGGUUUAAGUCGAACUGUAGAUGACAUUCCAAACAAAAUUAUUAUUCUCGAAAGAGCUAGCAGUAAAAGUGCAUAGUCCACUUCGAAAUGGUAAAAAGGGCGUACGAAGGCAUUAAUUGAUUUUAGCCGAAAAUACCACAGGAGUAAAUAAAGCAAUCUCUCGACCUCUCUCGAUGACACGAAGAGUCAUUCGGCAAUAAUUUCACUCGUUCUAAAUUUAAUCGUUAAAAUAUUUCCUCUCGCGCAAAUAUUUGCACAUUUGUGAGCAAUUAAAUAUCACACUGCUGCCGACAUAACAAUGGGGUUUACUCUAAUUGCAUAUGCCAAUGCUGACUUUACUGACGUAACGGCGGACAUGUUACAAAAGUGUUUCCCACCGCUGGGAACUAGACUCCUUUCUCAUGCAAAUCCUGUGGUAAAAAAAGUAUUGUGUUUUGUCAACCAACAAGGCCGCCUUGUAACUUGAUUGCAAACCAAGGAUACAGCAAGAACUUUUAGUGUACACAUUUCAGAACUCAGAGCAACAAUUUAAAACAAAAUCGAAUACUUCGGUCGAAUCGCUAACUUCAUCAGCGAUGUAAAAUAUCAGUGAGGUUACGCAACAGAAAGUUUGUUACGUUGACUUUGUCAGAGCAGAUAAACGUUUUUGGCAACAGCAAGAACUUAUUUCUCACUUCCCAAAGACAUUAUGGGGCAGUAUCUAGUACACCGAAAGCAGAAAAAAUUAAAUAAGAGAAGCUCUAGAUAAAUGAAGCAUAACCAGGUUAGUGUUUGUUUACCACAAAUAAUUCCAUAGCAUUAACCUGGCCAUUGGAGCAUAGCUUGAUGUCAUAGCCUUUUCUCGGUCGUAGAAAGCAAGAACAAUAAUAGCUAAUAAAAACAGGUCGAUCGUAAAAAGGGCUCAAAAAGAAAAGUCACGAAAAGCAAGAUGCUUAGCGUUAAAUGGUUCGCUUUCAACGAGACAAUUGGUUUCCAUGGGAGCGUGAGAUCCGACCUUACCCUCAUUGUCAGGGGCACCCAACGAGAAUAUAGUUCAAAACCACUUUAACAUAGCAUUGUUAAACGUAUUUUAGUAUUUAAACGGUAGAUAUAGGCAUAUUUUUAUCCCCUAAAAAGUUUUCAUCUGUUGAGCUGAAAGUCUAGUGAUUCGAAAAUUAUAGGGAUCAAAACUUACCUUUUGAAAAUUUCGAAAAAAACGAAAAUUCGGUAAAAUCUUUAAAAAUGGGCAAUUAUACAAUUUUUUCGAUGUUGAAAACAAGAACAGGCAAGCAAGUUUUUACAACAAAUGUUUCGAAAAUUCAAGAUCUAAAAUCGGUUGAACAGAUAUUUUUGAAAAUUGACGUUGUGCCCCCAUUGUUCAAGCCUUAAUUGACAAGAACUUUAGUUUUUUCUUGUUGUUGAAUGACGUUUCGUUUUCUUGUUGUUGAAUGACUACACUUUAAGGCCAAAAAACAUCGAAAAACAGCACGGAAGAAAAAUUCCCGCGGUUGGUAAUUGCGUGGCUUUCUUUGCGGGAGACCCGUGUUUGAUAUGUGUGAACACAAAUCCUUCUUUUGACUUGUUUCCUGUCCGUGUAGCUUUAAGUACCUUUAAAUACCUGUUAAACGAAGCACUGAUGGAGAGGGUGGUGGUGGUGAGGGGUGGAGGGGGUGGGGGUAGGGGGAUGGGAGGAGAAGGAGGGUUAAAAUAAGCGCACCACUGUCCUCAGGUUUGUUAGUCAGAUGACUAUUUCGAGCAACCGACGUAAAAUAAGGACUCUUUACCUUUACAUUCAAAGCAUACAAGGCAAUUUUAAAGAUAGAGAAGAGUUGUAAAGGAUUUUUAAAAGUGCAGUUGAAUGUAUUAGUUAAACCCUUUAACACACAGAAUCAUUAUGAAGUCAAAUAAUAUUAACUUUUAAGAGAACACAAAUUCCUUUGUGACCAUUCAAAAGAAACCUCUUUCCAGCAGUACGGUUUAUUAUGUAGUCCCCCACGCAGACGUUGUUAGGGCUUUGUCAAGCGUUCCUGUCCCAGAAACGUUCAAGAGGCAGAUAAUCGUCAACGUCUGCGUAAAAGGCUAUUUAUUAUGUUCUACAACACGAUUCUAUCAUUUGUGUCUGUUGAACUUAAGACGAAAUAACCGUGUAACCUUACAAAUAAAACAGUGAGCAUACCGAUGUACAUUUCGCACAUCCAAAUUAACCCUUAUCACGCAAGAAAUAUUGCACGGACGAAAUGCAAAAUAAAGAGAGAUUUGUUUCUGGCAACAGACUUCUUUUGUUCUAUAUUUUGUUUUCCCAAAGGAAGUCAUGCAUGAGAUUUUCUUUAGAGAAUCUGCCCGAGCACGCGAAUAAAUGGGACGAAAUUUACAUGAAACGUGACCAACUGCAUAAUAACUUAGUUUUGGUCUUAUUUAUUACAUACGACAGGCCCCAGUUCUCUUACGUAACAUCACCCGCCCAUUAAAGGACCAAUGCAGGUUAUAAAAGUCAAUGAAAAAUCUCUUGUUUAUUGUUCACUCGAGCUCCAAAUUUUCAUUUCUUUUUUGCAGCUGAACCGGUUUGGCAUUAUGCGCCUGGCAAUUACGGAAAUCGUUACUGGGGAAGGUAAAUAUUAACAUUCUGUAUUUAUAGCAAUUCAGUGUGUACCAAACAAGUGGAAGUACCGUGCACUUUGAUUGCCAUUGAGAAUUGGUACUGACUUAUUUCCAGUAUUAAUAAAAAUACUUCUCUUACAGCAGACGCAGUCGCCCAGCAAACUAUACUCUCUGCUUGUUGAACAUUAAAAUGAACUUCAUUUAAUAGCAUGACGACAAUUGCAUUUUACCUGGGCUAGAAGGCAAAGGCUUAUGAGGUCCACGCGUCCUCUAGAUUAAAAGAAAAUGAGAAAAUAUGCAAAAUUAUCAUUAAAACUAAUAAACAAAUACACUAAUCAUUCGCUAAAAGUAUUUGUAAAAUAUGCAUGGGAAGAAAGUGUACGGACCCAAGCUAAAUAAAUGCAAAACAAUUAUUUUACUUACAGAACGUACAAUAGGCAUCAUCAUCUUUUUUCUUCCCUUUCUUCUGCACAUUUAGAUACAGCGACAAUCAGCGUGCCCAGGAUGCCAUCAACCUGACACUGUUCCACUGGGGAAUUCACGGAUGGAUUGUCUACGUAGUGGUUGGCCUCCUUCUUGCCUUUGUGGGCUUCAGAAAAGGCCUUCCCAUGACCGUUCGCUCCUGCUUUUACCCUCUGAUUGGUGACAAGAUCUACGGAUGGAUGGGCGAUGCUGUAGAUAUCUUUUCUGUGGUGUGCACUAUGUUUGGCGUAUGCACUAGUCUUGGUGUUGGAGUCAUGCAAAUGAAUGGUGGCUUCAAGCGUCUAAAUUCGUCGAUUGAAUACUCGGUCACCAACCAGAUCAUCAUCAUUUGGGCCGUGACGGCGUGUGCCACAGCAUCAGUGGUGAGCGGCUUGAAGAUUGGAAUCCGUCGACUUAGCGAGAUUUGCUUCGGCCUGGGCAUGUUCAUCAUGAUGAUUGGCCUCUUUGCUGAUAACACCUGGCAUGCAUUGAAUGUUUAUGUGCAGAGCAUCGGAUACUACAUUCAGUGGAUCAUCCAGAUUGGUUUUCACACGGAUGCAUUCGCACAACUGGGAAAUGCACCAGACGGGAAGCAGGCUCAGCGAUGGAUGAAUGACUGGACAAUCUUCUACUGGGGAUGGUGGAUAGCCUGGUCUCCGUUUGUCGGCAUGUUCAUUGCCAAGAUUUCCAAGGGAAGAACCAUCCGACAGUUCAUCCACGGCACCAUGACAGCGCCAACAGUUUACGCCUUCUUUUGGUUUUGCAUUUUUGGAAGUGCCGGCUUAAAGAUGGAGCGAGAUGCCGCCCUUGCCAACAUCACCUGCAACUCCGUUCUGGGGGGUGGAACUUCCACAAAGUCAUACAAUGGCCUGUACCGUUUAUCCUGCAGAGGGAAAAACGACAUGUGGUUUGACGUUAUGGAACAGUAUGGCGACCUUGGGACCUUCCUGCAAAUAAUCUCGCUGAUCAGCAUCAUUCUUUACUUUGUCACCAGUUCUGACAGUGGUUCCCUCGUCAUCGACUGUCUAUCAGCCAAUGGAGACCACGAGCCUCCAGUCAUCCAGCGUAUUUUCUGGGCCCUGACAGAAGGAGCAACAGCCACAGCUCUUCUUAAUGCUGGAGGCGAAGAGGGUCUUGUAGCAUUACAGUCCAUGUCAAUAGCAUCUGGGGUUCCUUACACUAUGUUGCUGUGCAUGAUGUGUGUGGCACUAUGGCGAGCAGUCAAGAUGGAGGGAGGCGAUCUUGAUCCACAUGGACCACAGUUUACCACGGGCCUUUUGGAUGUUGUGAGCUGUCCAACAAAAGAAACCGUGGGCAAAGUCCUUUUGGCUAUCUUUGCACCAUGGUACUACAUGGGAAAUGCUGCGUACAAGGUUGGUGGCAGAAAGGAUAGAAGAUGCGUAUUCUGGUUGAUUUUGGCCGUUCCUUUUUACUCCUGGAUCAUCCUAAUGGCACUGGAGCCUGUUGUACGUGGGAUAUCUUAUGUUGCUUGGACAGUGCUCUUUGCAUUCUUCGCCUACGGCACAUCUAUCCGUUAUACUAUCCGAGAGAAGUUCAACAUCUAUGGCAACGCAGCAGAGGAUUUCUUCGCAGUGAUGCUCCUGUACCCGUUUGCAGCCGUUCAGAUGGCACUUCACAUGGAUCAAGAGUACGAUUUGGGCAAGCCAGACCACCGAGGAGAACACCCAACAUCCAAUGGUUACGAAGUUGAUGACAAGAGGGCUAUACCACACCCCGAUUACGAGAAGCCACCUAUGCCACUUGAAGAUCUCUCCACCCCAGGGGCUCAUUUUAAUUCAGCUGCCUAUGACUCCAAAAUGUAG